AUGUCGUACACCGUUCAUUAUUUUUCAUUCAUCUACCGCAUUAUGUCCGAUAACGGAACUGAUCAGCUUACCGCUGACAUCAUUAAAGAAAAAUUGGCUAUUCUCUUCAAAUUCGUCAUGAAUCAUUUCUACCACGAAAUGACAAGUGAGAAAAUUUACGAGCUCCACACUGAACUUGAAAAGGUGUCCCCAAUUCCAAUCGUUUGGAGACCAUAUCAAUGGCUUCCACUAACUCCAGUUACAUUCACCAUAACGUACGCCAUUCCACCGCCAACAAAAGAUUUUAUAUACAAUUCAACGAUCACCGGUCUUUUGCAAUUCAAAUCGGACCUUCGCCUUUUUCUUGAUGUCGCAAAUUUCUCUAAAUUCAACUUCAAUGAUUCAGCGACCACCAAUGUGAUCAGCUUUGCCAAAUACGCAGAAUUGUCAAAAUUUCUCAAUUACUGUUUCCACAAUCUUGGCAGAGAUUACGAUCGAAAAAAAUUUGAAGCGGUUGCAGUUCCAAAAAAGAGGGCGAGAAAAACACAAACAAAAAAGGCAGUUUAA